GAUGAAAAAAUAGUUACACAGAAGCGUACGAUUUCUAUAUUCCAUAUCAACAUCCGGAUCCAUUAUAGCAUGGUUCUUAUUAAAUUUGUAGAAUGUUCCGAUGGGAAAUCAACAUAUAUCGAACAAAGUGGAGUCAAAUAUGUGUUGUCCAACGAAACAGGAAAAGAGAGAGUGAAAAGAAUGUUUUCAAAAAGUGACAUUGGCUUCUUGAGUCCUGAAUUAAGAUAUGUAAUAAAGAGUGGAACAUUUUGCCUUGCUCUUGCAGGCAUAUAUGGUGGCAUGUCUAGUAUGAAACAAGCCAAGGAAGACUUUAUGCGUCGAAAUGUAGCAUCAACUUUUGAAAGCCAACAUUUUGCCAGGAGAGCUCUUGUUGAUACUAUGUCUCUAGCUGGAGCAAAAGGUGCUUAUAAAUAUGCUAUGCAAUAUGGGAUGUUUAGCUCUGUCUAUUUAUUAACCACAAUGACAGUUGAAAAUUAUAGAAAUAAAAUUUCCAUCUGGGAGCAUAUGGGUACAGGUGCUCUUUUAGGUGGAAUUUCUCGAUGGAAAUUUGGUGCAAAAGGCAUGUUGGCUGCUACUGUUCUUGGUGGUGUUUUAGGAUCUGUUGCUGGUGGUUUAAUCCUCUUGAAUGCAUGGUUAACUGGGACAGAUUAUGAAGAUUUUCGAUACUGGCAUCAUGAACAGUAUUACACAGAAGUUCUGAACAGAAAAGCAGAUGAAUGAAAGAUGGUAUUUUAGAAAAAAGGAAAAUUUAUUCUGUGAAUAAAAAAUAGUUCUGAUAGAACAAAAAUUUAAGAUCACCAUUUUCAUAAACUUUGUUACUGCCGCAUUGUUUGGUGAACUGCAGUUUUUUGUUUCCUCAUUUAGUAUAAUGCUUUUAUUAUUUAUUAAAUUAUAAUAAUAAUUUGA